AUGUGGCCUCUCACCAGGGUGGUCCAGGCCUUCUCCCUGGCGGUGUCCCUGCAGGAGAUGGUGCUGGAGAUCCACCGGGUGUUCAUGGACCAUGAAUACCCAUGUCCCCGCCUCACUUCUCACUGCACCCGGGUGGCAGCACGCUGGACCACCUCUCAGAGCUGCGCAGCAUGGCGGGGCCGCAGGCGGGCUUGGUGCUCCACGUGGUGGAAGGGAGCCGUGAGCCAGCUCUGGCGAGAGCAGCCCUGGGAGCGGCGCCCAUGUGCUUGUGACUCGCCUUUCGGGGCAGCAUCUCAGGGCCAGGAAAACUCGGAGCAGCCCCAGUACUGGAACAUGGAGCUGCAGAUGAUGAGGGACCUGCCCUACAGGAACCAACCUGAGCAGCUGCUUCAAGAAAAAGCCAUGUUUAAGGUUCCGAAGCCCCUGGUACACAGCAACUUCGGAGUGGCAGCCACAUGGGGCGUCGGUCAGGGAGGCAUCGUCAUGGCCAUCAGCCCCAGUGAGGAGACCAAGCUGCAGAUGUUCACGUGGAGCCGCGUCAUCUUCAGCCUGGGCUUUGUUGUUAGUGGCCACUACAAGGACUUUGCUGGGGACGUGGCAGCCUCCAUAGCGUUCACCAAUGACCUGAACGGCAUAGGUUCUGUCGCCUGUGCCAGGAGCUGGUGGACGCCUUCGUGGAGCAUAGUUGAGGAGCAGCCCUUUGAGGCUGGGGCUACAGCCAGCUGCACCCUGCUACAGGCAAUCGGCAGCCCGGGUUGUUCUAGGGUUGGGUCGUUGAAGAGAGAAGCUCUGGACAGUGAAGAAGAGCUUGUUCUGGCCACACUCACUAGAGCCCCUUUCCCACCCCCCACCCACCUGCUAUCAGGCUCCCAGAUGCAGAAUCUGGAGCUUUGUGUUGGUUGUAAGUUAGUGAGCCGUGAAACCAGCGACCCAGCUGAGCUGUGCUGUUCUCCUAAGGAGGAAGCCAGUGGCAUUCCUGUCUCUGUUGAGAGUCCUGGUCUGAAUGUGGACCCCUUCUCCUCCACCUCCAUACUCUGGCUGUCUUCUUCCUGUCUGGGGAGAUCUGGCAGCCACCACCUUGUUGCUUGGGUCUGUGAGAGCAAAGCUGAGUUCUGGUCGGGCUUGCAGCAGGAGAAGGAAUCUGAUGCCAUCUAUAAGGCCCAGAUGGGCUGUGGCCGGGCCGGCGGGUUGAGAUGCGCCUGUAGGUUGUGGGCAGCUAGUCCUUUCUUGCCUCUGCUCUCUCUCCUGUUUUUGAGUAAGAGCCACGAGAAGCAAAGCUCUGAGAACCCCAAGUGCCCGGCCCAGCAGGCUGUGGCCCAGCAGCGCACCGUGAAUGGGAGAUACCGUUGGGCUGCAGUGCCAGCAUCCUGCCCCUCCAGGUCGGGGGUCCCCAGAGGAGUGAGAGGGGCGGUCGGAAGCGGCGGGAACCCGCUUUGGGGGCACCCGGGCCUCCCCAAGGGACUGUUGACAUUCAGGGAUGUUGCCAUAGAAUUCUCUCAGGAGGAGUGGGAACACCUGGACUCAGAUCAGAAGCUUUUAUAUGGGGAUGUGAUGUUAGAGAACUACAGAAACCUGGUCUCUCUGGGUCUCGCUGUCUCUAAGCCGGACCUGAUCACCUUUUUGGAGCAAAGGAAAGAGCCCUGGAAUGUGAAGAGUGAGGAGACAGUAGCCAUCCAGCCAGAUAUGUUUUCUCAUGAUACUCAAGGCCUCUUAAGAAAGAAGCUCAUAGAAGCAUCAUUCCAAAAAGUGAUAUUGGAUGGAUAUGGGAGCUGUGGCCCUCAGAAUCUAAACUUAAGGAAAGAGUGGGAAAGUGAGGAGAAAAAUCAGUACAAUAAAUCUGAUACAACAUUAAGCCAAGGAAUAAGCCCCAGAAGACAUCAGAAAACUCAUUUGCUACAGAACCAUUGCAAAUGUAAAAAAUGUGAGAAAGCCUUUCAUGAAUGCACCAACCAUGUCCGUCAGAGUAUCUUUAUUCAAGAAAAGUCUGCCAAAUGUAAUAAAUGUGUGGAAACUUUUAUGCAGUCAUCAAAACAUACUCAGCCUCAGAGAAUCCAUAUUGGAGAAAAGUCACACAGAUGUAAUAAUGGUGAGAAAAUCCUUAGUAAAUUGUCAAGUCUAAGAAUACAUGAGAUAAUCCAUAAUGAAGAGAAACCGUACAAAUGUAAAGAAUGUGACAAAGCCUUUAACCAUCGUUCACACCUUACUCAACAUCAAAUAAUUCAUACUGGAGAGAAACCAUACAAAUGUAAAGAAUGUGGCAAAGCCUUCAAUUCUAGUUCAUAUUUUACUCGACAUCAGAGAAUUCACACUGGAGAAAAACUUUACAAAUGUAAAGCAUGUAGCAAAUGUUUUACUCAUUCUUCAAAUCUUCUUGUGCAUCGGAGAAUUCAUACUGGAGAGAAACCUUACAAAUGUAAAGAAUGUGGUAAAUCAUUUAAAGUGUCUUCAGCCCUUACUCAGCACGAGAGAAUCCAUACUGGAGAGAAACCCUACAAAUGUAAGGAAUGCAGCAAAGCCUUUAACUGUAGGUCGUACCUAACUAAACAUCAGAGAAUUCAUACCGGAGAAAAACUUUACAAAUGUAAAUCAUGUAGUAAAUCUUUCUCUCGUUCCUCAAGUCUUAUUGUCCACCAGAGAAUUCAUACUGGAGAAAAACCCUAUAAAUGCAAAGAAUGUGGCAAAGCCUUUAAUUGUAGUUCACGCCUAACUCAACAUCAAAGAAUUCAUACUGGAGAGAAACCCUACAUAUGUAAAGAAUGUGGCAAAGCCUUUAACUGUAGUUCAUCCCUUACUAAACAUCAGAGAAUUCACACUGGAGUAAAACUUUACAAAUGUAAAGCAUGUAGCAAAUCUUUCUCUCAUUCCUCAUGUCUUUCUGUGCAUCAGAUAACUCAUACUGGAAUGAAACCAUAUAUAUGUAAGGAUUGUGGCAUCUCCUUUAACCGGUCUUCAAACCUUAGACGACAUCAGAUGAUUCAUACUGGAGAGAAACCCUACAAAUGUAAAGAAUGUGGCAAAUUAUUUAAUCGAUGCUCAACCCUUACUCGACAUAAGAGAAUUCAUACUAGAGAAUUUCUAUAGUUGUAGUAAAUGUGAAAAGAGUUUUAUCCAAAAUUUAGAACUUAAAAAUCACCGUAGAGUUUAUAGGGAAACAACUUACAGAUUGAAUAAAUGGGAGGAAGUAUUUAAUCAGAACUCAAAUCUGAAUGUGUCAGGACUUACACAAAAAAGGACUAAAGCACACAUCCCCAGACUUUAAAAUUAAAUAACAGUAUUUGUUAUGGAGGAUUACUUGAAAGCCAAAGCAGUUAUUUUGUUAUGUGUUUCAAAUGAGCAAAAGCAUUGAUGUUUGGACAAGUAAUUAUUCAGUGAGCACAUUAUUUGUAUUGAAAACAUUUGAAAUUUGUAUAAAGCAAAUUAUAAUUCAAUUCUCAAGUUAGUUUUUAUACCUUAAUGCUUAGUGUUUACAUAAAAACAUAUAGUCUAUUUUUUCUACAUCAGAGCUAUGAGAGGUUGUUCUAUAGUAGAUGAACGUCAUUAAUAUCAAUUUAUUUUCAUGGAAGUUUAAUGGCAAAUGUAAAAUACAUGAAGAAAAUCUUAAAGAGGCUCUUUGUGUUUGAAUCAUAAAACAGUAAUGUGUGUAAGCAUAUAGUACAUAUUUAGGGCAUUAUUAUUCUAUACUAAAGUAAAAGAGGAAUACUCUGAAUUUAUUUAUUACAUCAAUUGUUCCUUAAGUAGAAAAACACUGGUCAGUUAUUUAAAAUACUGGCAAACCUUUAUAGUACAAUGAAGUAGUAAUCUUGAAUAUUAUUUGAUGUGUUAAAAAUAAAAACAUCUUCACAGAUAUCAGAGGAAAGUGAAAACUCAUAUCUGAAAGAUUGUAAAUGUGCUUUAUAUCAAUUUUCCAGAGGACUUAAACUUCUAAUAAUAUUGAUAAUAUUCUCAUGGUUACUAUUUUGUAUUAUUUCCUGCUUUUUGUAGCUACUGGUGUACUAUGACAAUUGUAAUAAAGAUUAUAUGGGGGUAUACUUAAAAGUCAUACUUUUAAAAUCCUGAAUCAUUGUUUAUAAAAUGUUAUUCAGUAUUUUUCUUUGCACAUGCCCUUUUUCAGUCCAGUUGAAUACUUAGAGAUUCUUCUUUGCUUUCACUUGCAUUGAAUGGAAUAUAUAGAUGUAUUAACAAAGAAAGAAAAAGGUGUAAGAGAACUGUACAGGCAGAAAUGCAUGUAUGUGUACCUGUCUUCAAAUGGAAAAGAAAAUGAUGGAUCACAACAGGAAAUUUGAGAAUUAUUUAUUUAUUACCAAACUAGAAACCUCACAAAUUCUCAAAGCUAAAUUAGUUUCUCAUUGCACACUGAAUUUUUCUCUCAUAAAUCUAAUGUCUUCUGGGUUCAGACUGUAUCCCAUACAAAUCCUUUUUUCUUGCCUAUGAUUCAUGUAAGAAGAAUUAUAUGAUUUUCUUAUUUCAAAGCUUAUAAAAUAUUGCUUAUAAGUUCC